AAUAUGUCUUAUCUAAGGUCUUGUUCGCAAUGACGAAAGGUGGAAACAGGAAAGCAUUUUAUCCGGAGACGAAGACUUUCAUUAACAUUACACGACGUUUCCUCAGCCCUUUAAAUAUUUUGCGGGCGCAUUAGAAUUUCGAAAAUCGAAAAUGAAAUUCCACAUUAUUUUCCACAGAAAGUACUUCGAUUUCCCUGAAAAACUUUAUGAAAAGCACUUGAGAUUUUGUUUAAAAUGCUUAUGGCCUUAACUUGCAAGAAAACAUAACGAAAUAUGGCUUCAAAAAUCGAAGAUACACAGGAUGUCUGCAUUAAGGUAAAUAAAUUUUUAUUUUAUAAUUUUUGGUUUCGUAAUAAUAUAAUUUUAUUAUAUACGUUCGGAUUUAUGUGUGUGCGGUAUACUAUUAUGACAGCCCUUUGCAUCAAUGUUAAAAUAUGUAAAGACAAUGAGUGACUGGGUGGCAUGGAGAACAAUGGGAUUUUCAAUUAACAAUGAAAAGACUAUGGAACAUUGUGAUUACUGGAUCAUGACCGGAUGGCACUACAAAACCAGAAUUAAAAGUAUUGUACACGUUAUCACAGAAUAAGGCACACAGAAGGUAGACUCGAGUAACUGCUGCCACAGCAUGAUUCAUCUGCAAAAUGCUGAUGCCAUGGUCCUAGCCAGCUAGCUAGUGCGGGUUUGAGAGGCAUUCCCCCUGGACGUCCGCCAAUUUGAAUAUUAUCAGGGGGGUGAAUGCCUCUCAAACGCGCACUGGCUAGGACCAUGGCGUCAGCAUUUUGAUGUCGAAUUACGGUUAUGCCAGAAUCAUAGGAAAAACAAAGAAGUCGGCCUUCUGUGUACCUUAUUCUGUGACGUUAUUUUGUGAACCACAAUUAAAAAUAUUUAAAGGUGAUGUAAAGUCCGUAAUGUAAACAAAUUACGCUUUGUUUACAUUUUGAACUCAGUGCUACAGUUGUAAAAUAUGAUUAUAGAUAUAUAUUAUACUGAAUUUUUAACACUCUUCCGGUUCGCUAUGCUUGUAAAUGAAUGCAGACUAGAAAUUCAAUUCAAGAAAGUUUGGAAGGUGCGAAAUAUUAACAACAUUCCAAAGGUUGCUCCCCCACUGAUGGAAUGUGUUGAUGCACAGAAUAUAUGCGCAGAACGGACUUUACAGCAUCUUUAAGAAAUAUUCCAUAUGCGCUUUGGUGUAAUUUGUCAUGUAAUGAGUCACAUGAUCUAGUGUAUGCAUUGCAUAACUAUUUUUAGUGACUUUUAAGACUCUUUCUAGAAGAAAGCAUGUAGAAUUAUUUCAUUGGCUACAGCACUGGACGACUAAUGUAAAAUAAUCUUGUUUUCUCUAGGAACGACCGAUAGAAUUGGACUACCGAAUUCACUGGAACAAAAAAUUGGGCUCUGGCAUCAGUGGCCCAGUUAGGUACAUGUGAUGGGGGGAAAUUACAUUUAUCCCUUUUUAAGUGUCAGACAAAAUGUCAAUAUAUUAUAUGUGCUGUUUGGGUUCAUGCAUGGUAUAAAGUACUUACUGACUCCACCUAUUUUCUAGAUUAUGUACAAACAAAGAAACCGGCAAAAUGUUUGCCAUGAAAUGUUUGACUGAUUCAACAAGAUCAAGGCAGGAAGUAUGUCUUUUUUUACCAUAAUACAGGAGGAAAGGGGGGGGGGGGCUGUUGUUCUCUGGUGCUGAGUUGUGUUGGCCAUCUAGCUGUGCCACCUGGCCAUCAACUUGCUUGACUACUACAAAGUUGUAUGUGACUACUGCAUUUGAAUUGUAAUUGUUGUUCACAGUUUGCUUAUCAUCAUGUUAUUUAAUAGUCAAAUUACUGUUGCAGUAUCUCAUUUUGUCUUCAAUAUUUUUGCUUUAUCAUGAUGAAAGAUUGAACCACCCCCUCUGGCCAGGGCUAAGGGUGUCUGCAACACCCGCCAUUAUAAUACAUUUAAUAACCUCUGUAUUUGAACUCUUCCAUCUGUAUUCUUCAGGCUAAAGUUCAUUUCAUGUGCAGUGGUCAUCGAAACAUUGUCAACGUAGUUGAUGUUUAUGCCAAUGCCAUGGCUUUACCAGGAGAAACAAGACCAAUGUAAGCUAUACUUCAUGAUUAAACGUAAGUUACAUUGAAGCAAAUUAAUCGUGUUUUAUCAUUGAUCUGAAUUCAGAGCAAGGAUAUUUCUGAUCAUGGAGCUCAUGGAGGGAGGUGAACUUUUUGAAAAAAUCAGAAACCACGUUCGUUUUACAGAGAAAGAAGCGAGAGAGGUCGCUAAGCAGGUUAGUUGCACUCCUGGCAGGUAAAGUUGUUGUAAUUGCAUGACAAAAAAUGUAUAUCGUAGCUGCAAUUUUCUCCUUGUAAUUGGUUAUUUUGAUUAUUUUGCUCUAAAGGCAAAUUGGUUAUUUUGGUUAUUUUGCUCUCCUUGGUUAUUUUGCUCUAAAGGCAUUCCUCUACAAUGGAGUACAACCAAUACAAUAAUCUUUGAACAAGAAACAACACUUUUCAUUUCAUGGUUCUUUCAAAUUCUUUUAAAAGCAACCCGAGCAAAAUGAUGUUUAAUAUUAUGAUGGGUGCUGAUUUUCUUGGAGUCAUGAAGUGCAGAGUUUAAGGAGAGCUAGUGAAAUUUUUGAGUUACACAUAAUUUAUUGACAUAGAUAGCAAGGUUUUUGUGACGUGGUUAGCUUACUGUACUGAAUUUUGUGAAAAAGAUUUCAAACUCUCCCAGACAACAAGUCUCUUUCCCCUCGGCUGCUAGUACUAAUAUGCCCUGACAAAGCUCUUCACUGGAAACAUUGUGAUGUUCAGUUAGUUAUAUUUAAAAUACACAAACCGCAGUAUCUACACUCAUUCUUCACCAGAUUGGCGUGGGUCUGCACCACAUUCAUUCGUUCAACGUGGCUCACAGAGAUCUAAAACCUGAAAAUUUGCUCCUGAAAGAGAAUACAGAAAGCAUUCAUGUGAAAAUCGCUGACUUUGGUUUUGCAAAAGUUGAUCGUGGCGAUCUGAUUACUCCUCAGUUUACACCAUACUAUGCUUCACCUCAGGUAGAGAGCUAGCUGUCAGCCUGUUAGCCUGUAGUGCGCUUUGAAGCUACUUUAUUGCCAGUUUUUGGUAGCACAAUGCUUAGUACAUGUGUCUCUCAUCUCUGUGACCAUUGGGUUGGAGUCCUAUAAUCAUACUUUCACCUCAGUUGCAUAUGAGAAGAGUGCUCCAGUUUGACUCUACCAAACAUCAUUGGUUUCCUCCUGUAGUAACACUGGAUCAAUAAGAAUCUUACUGGACCUCUAGGGAAAACAGUUUAGAACUGAUACAGCUAUCCAGUAUAAAUAAAGUUAGUUUAGUUUAGGUCUCCUCCUGUAGUAACACUGGAUCAAUAAGAGAUGAUCCUUACUGGAACUCUAGGAAGAACAGUUUAGAACUGGUAGAGCUAUCCAGUAUAAAUAAAGUUAGUUUAGUUUAGGUUUGCUCCUGUAUUAACACUGAAUCAAUAAGAGAUGAUCCUUACUGGACCUCUAGGAAGAACAGUUUAGAACUGACAGAACUAUCCAGUAUAAAUAAAGUUAGUUUAGUUUAGGUUUCCUCCUGUAGUAACACUGGAUCAAUAAGAGAUGAGCCUUACUGGACCUCUAGGAAGAACAGUUUAGAACUGAUAGAGCUGUCCAGUAUAAAUAAAGUUAGUUUAGGUUUCCUCCUAUAAUAACACUGGAUCAAUAAGAGAUAAUCCUUACGGGACCUCAAGGAAGAACAGUUUAGAACUGAUAGACCUAUUCAAUAUAAAUAAAGUUAGUUUAGUUUAUGUUUCUUCCUGCAGUAACACUGGAUCAAUAAAGGAAGGUCAUUACUGGACUUCUAAGGAGAACGGUUUGGAACUGAAAGAGCUAUAUUUCUAGGUGCUUGAAGCUCAACGUUAUUUACGAGCUCAGAAAAGCGGGAAAUAUCCUUACUUGAAAAAACCUUACACCUACGACAAGGUCAGUUUAAUUUUUGUUCAACUAUGUAAAAGGUUUCAUGUGUUGUCAAAGAGUGCAUCAUCCCUCCCCUCUUUUUCUUCCCAGACGUGUGAUCUCUGGUCGCUAGGAGUGAUUAUUUAUGUCAUGUUAUGCGGAUAUCCGCCAUUCUAUUCUGAAGUUCCCAGCAAACAAAUGUCUCACGGAAUGAGACGCAAGAUUGCAGCGGGCGAGUAUGACUUUCCUGAUAAGGAAUGGUCGAAAGUUUCUAAACAAGCUAAGGACUGCAUCAACAGGUAAAUAUAGAGGGCUCUCAGAGACUGCCAGGAGUGGGAAAAAUAGACAAGCACGCGAUCAGAGCACUGCUCGCAGGAAAUGUUAAACAGCUGCAGGAAAUUCGUUUGAAUGAAGAUUUGCUAUUGAAAAUUUGAAGGAAACCUUGACACCCAUAUUCCACUAUGGGCGCAACAACAUAUGUUUGACAGACAUUAUUCCUUGAAUUUAAAACCAUGGUCAGCUAGAACACUAUAUGUUUAUGCACAUGCAGAUUUAGCACAAAAAUACUCCGUUGGUCUGCAGGAAAUUUUUUGUCUCCAGGUUGUGCUCCCAGGAAGAAAAAUCUUUUUCCUGCCCAGGAGACUGCAUAUCUACGUCAGAGAAUUAAAUUAUGUAUCAUGCAUAAAUUAUACAAUGGGCUAAUUACGCAUUCUGUUCACCCUGCUGGGCAAAACAAGACACUAUUACUAAUUUCCCAUUCAAUUUCCAUUCAAAUUUAACCAAAAUUUAAUCAGUUUGUCCUUGGAAAAUGGACACAUUUUCGUAUGAAUACGUUUGAUACUACUUAAAGGCACAGUUCAGCCUUUUGAAUGAUUGUUUAACUUUUAAGGCGCAUUUCAGCCCUUUUAUUAACAAUAGGCAAUUCCAGCUUUUAGUUUAUGACUGCAGGGGAUGAUGGGAAGUAAGGUAUCAUAUUGCUGAUUAUGCUGAAAAAUUUCAAUAAAAACAACCGAAAUAUUUUAAUAUUUACAAGUAUAAGCUAUCACUCCGUGUUUACAGGGCCACCAUUUUUAUUUUUUCAGCAUAUUCAGCAAUGUGAUACCUUACUUCCCAUCGUCCCCUGCACGCAUAAACUAAAAGCUGGAAUUGCCUAUUGAAAAAACUAACUAGGAAAAUCAAUUAAGCAUAAUUCAGGAUCAGUAAACUCGAUGUUUUUAACAAUAAAAAUGUUUUAAAAUGUUAAAAACAUUUGAAGUUUGAUGAUCUUGAAUUAUGCUUAAUUGAUUUUCCUAGUUAGUUUUUUCAACUAAAAGGGCUGAUUUAUCAUGCUAACAGACACAAACAGACAUACACACAUACAGACACUGAUGGAAACAUAACCUUUUGGUGGAGGAAACAAUUACUGGAAAAUUCGUCUAUGAAAAGUUAUCGUUGCAAGAAAACUUCAAAAGUCCAACGAAUCCUGGUGUUUUUCAAUUUGCAAAGGCAUGAUUUAUAUUAGAGACGGACGUUCCGUGUGGACGAAUUUUGGUUAAAGAAAAUAUACUUCGAAAACAUUGAUUCUCCCUCCUGACUUAAGACAUCUUAUGAAAAGAGUGAACCAACGCCCUAUUGAAAGUUGCGUGUUUCCUUUGGACAGGAUAAGGGUUAUGAUAUAUAGAAGUAGAUCCCAUCUGAUCAAGCAGUUAUCAUUAUUAAUUUUGGUAGGUUGUUAUGCGUUGAACCAAACCGUCGAAUGACAAUUGACGAGUUUCUGGAACAUGGCUGGAUUCAGAAUGACAAUAUUCCUGACACCGUUCUCUUUACUCCGAAAAUCAUUGCUGACGAUGUUAGUAAUACAUAGAGUUUGUGACACAGCGGUUAGCGCAUGCGUCUUCAUCUCUGCGAUAAGGGUUCGAUUUUUUUUACACAGUGUGAAGUUGUUUGAUUAUAAUUUCACCUCAGUCACAUGUAGUGAGAAGAGUACUUCCAGUUUGACUCUACCAAACACCACAGAUUUCCUCCAGAUACUCAACUUUCUUCCUGUAGUAACACUGGAUCAAUAAAGGAUGUUAUAAUAUAGCAUUUGUAAAUUCUGAACAAUGAUUGGCUAAGAGCCGUGUUGAUAUAAGGGACCGGUCAUUAUUUAUGGUGGGGGGUGGCACCGAAGAGAAAUGUUUUUUUGUGGCAAAAAUUUUGCUGACCCAACCAUUAAAAAGUCAAAAAUUUGAUUACCCAACCUCAAAUAUCAAUUAAAAAAUAAAUACCCACCCCUGGCCAAAAACUUUACAAAGUGAAAACCAUUCAGUUGUCACACAUGUCCUUUACCAUUUUUGUGACAUGAGUUUGAUAACGACUUGUGAAAUUUUCUAAAGUUUCAUGUUGUCUGCAACAAAUUGGACUGAAAUGAUCAAGAUAAUGACUCUGAUUGAUUCACAUAUUGUAUUGACAUAUCACUGUUGACAUUGCUUUUCAGUCUCCAAUAUUUCAGUGAGUCAUGCUUUGGAAAUGACAAUAAUUUUUUUGACUACCCAACCCUUGAGUUGUUUUCUUUUUCAUUUACCCAACUUUUUACUCACUCAAAUUUUUGUUUACCCAACCCUUUUUCUCUUCGGUACCACACCUCGCCAUAAAUAAUGACCGCUCCCUAACUCAAUGUCAACACGGAAACGUCGGAAAAUUUCUUUCUUUAUAUUUCUUUGUGCUAUAUUAUUAUUAUAAAACAAAUAUAAAACAUUUUUUCCGUAUUGAUAUAUAGUUAUAUCAACACUCGUGGAAAUUGGGAAAACUCGAAGUUGUGUGAAAACAUUCCGCCCUUCGGGCGUCGUGUUUCCAACACAAUUUCUCGUUUUCCUAAUUUCCACGAGUGUUGAUAUAACUGUAUAUCAACACGGAAAAUGUUUUAUAUUUGUUAAAUCCUUACUGGACCUCUAGGGAGAACAAUUUAGAACUGAUAGACCUAUCCAGUAUAAAGAAAGUUAGUUUAGGUUUCCUCCUGUAGUGACACUGCAUGCCGGAAUAAGAGAUGAUCCUUACUGGACCUCUAGGGAGAACAGUUUAAAACUGAUAGAACUAUCCAGUAUAAAGUUAGUCUAGUUUAGGUUUCCUCCUGUAGUAACACUGGAUCAAUAAGAGAUGAUCUUUACUGGAGCUCUAGGGAGAACAGUUUAGAACUGAUAGACCUAUCCAGUAUAAAUAAAGUUAAUUUAGUUUCAAAUGGCUUUGUGUAUUUUCUAGGGUGCGUUUAAAGAUGUCAUGGACGGUCAUGCAGCGGAACUGACAAACAUGAGACUGGCAAGUAAACAAAUUCGACUAAAACCGAUUGAACUGUCGAAAAAUCCUAUUAUAAUGAAAAGAAAAGCGUUUCACGUUGCCAAUAACGAGUGAGUAUAGUUCAAACUAAACUAUCUUUAUUUAUAUUGGAUAGCUCUACCAGUUCUAAACUGUUCUGUCUAGAGGUUCAGUAUAAGGAUCAUCUCUUAUUGAUCCAGUGUUGCUACAAGAGGAAGUCUAAACUAAACUAACUUUAUUUAUACUGGAUAACUCUAUCAGUUCUAAACUGUUCUCCCUAGAGGUCCAGUAAGGAUCAUCUCUUCAUCCCUAAUCAGUCAUGUUUGUUGAGUCAAACUGGAAGUAUUUGCGAUCGAGGUGAAAUUAUAAUCGGACAAUGGGAUACGGCACAUGCACUAAAGCCUGUGUCAUCAACGUUUACUUUAUGUUGUUCCUGAAGGAAUUCCAAAGACAAAGUGAAACUGAAAUCAAAUGAGGAAGACGAAGGCACGACAGUUCUAUCUCAACAAGAUAACUCUCAGUUCAGUCUGCUCGCUGCCAAGGCUCUUCGUGAUAUCAUUGCUUUUUGUUUGAUGAUGAAACCUGUGCACCCGAAUAUCAUACGUAUGUUGACAUUCUUUCUCAAAUACUUCUCGCCUUUAUAGGACUUACCCACUCCCCAAAACAUCGUUUGGCGUUCUGCCUAGCCCUAGGGUCAAUCAUUAGCUGAGAAACAAUGUUUCCUAGUUCACAAAACAUAGUUAGGAAAAAGAUCUUUGCUGGUUUGCCCAUUCUAGCUUGGGAAACAUGGCCAGGAAACAAUGCUUUCUUGGUUUGCCAAUAUUCGAGAACAUAGUUGAAAAACAAUGUUUACUAGUUUAUCUACCCUCACAAAACAUAGUGAGGAAAAAAUCUUUGCUGGUUUGCAUGUUCUUGGGAAACAUGGCUAGGAAACAAUGUUCUCGAAUAUUGGCAGACCAAGAAGCAUUGUUUCCUAUUGCCAUAUUUCCUAAGGGUGGGCAAGACCGGAAGCAUUGUUUCCUAGUAAUACUUCCCGGAGGUGGGACAUUGUUUCCAAGCCAAGGUAUUCGAAGUAUGAAAGGUUGUUUCCUAGCCAUGUUUCCCAAAGGUAUUCGGAAGAAGUUAUUUCGCUGACCUCAGAAUGACAUUUCGUCAAAACAUUUUUCUUCAAGAUUGGUUUAGAAACAAAUUUGCAGUAGGGUUAGGGUAAGGAUUAUAGGGUUGGUGUUUGGAGUAGAGUGUUAGUAAAAUCGUUGCUUUGUUACGUUUUGUCACUCUGAGGCCAGCGAAAUAAUCUCAUCCAAGGUAUUCAAAGUAUGAAACGUCGUUUCCUAGCCAUGUUUCCCAAAGGUAUUCAAAGCAUGAAACAUUGUUUCCUAGCCAUAUUUUCUUGCUUUAGAGGAAAGUUAUACUGGCGAUAAACUGACUGGCUUAGUUCUGGAUGCCCUUCAGAAGACACAAGGGAACCAAGCCAUAGAGAACGCGUUCAUAACCGAAUCCUGGGAUGGCAAGAAGUUUACGUCGUCAGUGAACAAGUCGAGAUUAGCAAAGACGCUCAGUGAAAUAAUGCUGCAAGCUGAGAGGGUAUCCACUUUAUAGAGAGAUGCAAGGCGGGGAACAAUCUCGUAGCAAUUUUAUCUGGUAAACUUGUAGAAACAGUUCUCUCUAGAGGUCCGGUAAGGAUCCAGUGUUGCCAAGAUUCCAGGAAGGUCAUCUUCUAAGUUGGUCGAAGGAUCAUAUCUUAUUGGUCAGUUUGAGCAAAGCGGAACUGAUAAAUUUAAAAUCGCUAAUUGGUUAGAGGGCUGAGAGGGAUGAAGCAUGUCUGUCAAUGUAAAUAAUCAAAUUUUCUAAUUUCCUGUGUACAUAUAAUCUAUGAUAUGAUAGAACCUUCAGGUUAGACAAUUCAUUGACCAACAGUUUCGAAAGAAAUACGCACCGUCGUAAUACAUUUGUGCUUAAUUUACCUUGUUCAUUCUGAGCUAAAUGCAUGUCCUUUGUUGCCCGGUGUAGGUAGUAGUCCUAAGAUACACAACCUACACUUCAACUGAUUGUUUCUCAUGGAUUGUCGUAGGUACUGCUCCUUGAGAACAUUUAUUUUGGGUUUCCCACUUUGUGGCCAAUUUUCACUAAUUGGUUCUCAGCGUAGGUAUGGAAAAUGAUCGAAUCUCAUUCUUUGGUUUCGUGAUAGAGUCCUGCUGUAGUAUAUCCUUUUAAAGAACUUCAAACGGUUGGUUCUCAGCGUUGGUAUAGGCCGAAUAGCACUCUUCAAUUGAAUUGAACUUAAUAACUGAAUUCUGAAACGCACAAUUGAGAGAAUUUGUGUGCAAAUAUGUGUGUCCCAUUCAUUAUUCAUUCAUGAAAUAGAAACGUUAAUUUCCAAAGCAAUUUGGAAAAAAAUAGCGAAAAUGAAAUACGUCAAGAAAUAGAAUGCGUUCGUGCCGGGUAUUUAUGUAAGAGCCUACAGGCAAAAUUGUUUAUCAACAGACAAUACAUAAAGGGAAGCGCUUGCUGAACACGAGUCGACAAUGCUUUCUUUAAUUAGGUCGGGCAGAAAUAACGAUUUCUAUUGAAUAACAGAACAAAAUGUUUAUCGAACCAAGUUUCCGCACCGCCGAAUACUUUGUUUGUGUUAAAAUCGCGAAUAAAGCAAGGAUUCCCGAAGAACACAUACACGAAAGAUACAUUCGUGUUGAACAUUGUGGUAAGGAAAAGCGGCUUUCAAGAAGCCCAACUGAGGGUUUAGCCAAUUUUAUAGGCAGACAAAUUAAGAGCCAAAACAAUCCGAAAAUCCUGAGACAAUAAACAUUCUAUAUUGGUAAAGUGUCUCCCAUUGAUUUGGCUACAUCCCUGUCGCGUUUACAAGCUAGCGCAGAAAAUCAGUCCUUUUUAGGGAGAAAACAGCUCCACACUUGUGCUAAAUAUGUAACAAAUAUGGUUUUUCAUAAAUGUAUAUUUUUAUAUUUAAAAAUACAUGUGGAAAAUGUUUAAUAGUUAGUGAUAUAGAAAAAAAUAGAGUACUGUUAUAUUAAAGUAUUUUGCGACUCAGCGUUGCUAUACAUGAACUAUAGAUUAGUUGUUAGUAUUCAUUAUAUAUUAUGCUCUGUAUAAACGUUCCUAGCGAUAAUAUCCACUUAGGAUUUCUCAAAUGUAACAAAACGAACGUGAGUUAUACAGAUUUAGUAAAUAUAUACAGUACAAAUCACACAAACUAAAACUCAAAUAAACUACAAUAUAAAACUACAGACGUGGUUGGGGCUCUAAAGUCUCUAAAAAUGUGUUUCUUUCUUCGCUUUUUAAGCUUUAAAAGUGCAAGAUUCUGCGGCCAUUGGGCAAAUAAAUUCCCUCAUAAUUCAUAAAUAAAAAGUAUCAACAAUUUUUUUUUUCAACGAGUUCUAAGCUACUUAAGUAUAUUGUUAAUAUUAUAGAAGAUUGUUAUAUACCAAUAUGGCAACCUAUAUAAGCAAGGUAUUUUUUCAAAAUAUGCCUCAUACCAAACCGUCAUUUUAAUCGGUCCAUAUAUUCGGUACAAAAUAUACUUUCUUGUAAAAAGUUCCAACCAACACAACGUCGUGAAACACAGAGUUAUAAAAACUCUAUAUGAACGCCUCCUUGUCAGAAACAUGGAAUUUUUUGUAGUCAACGGGAUAUGCGUUUGACUCAUCCAAAAGGUAGCUGCCUUCGUCUCGUUUCUUCAGCCGAUACAUAAGGAAAGCGAUCAAAAGUAGGGCAAGUAAAGCACAUCCAACGACCCCAGCUAUAACUUCUGUUGUCAAUGUGAAGCCAGGUUCUUUCUUGUUGUUAGUAAGUGCCAUCUUAGCGGGUUCUGACGGUGUUGUGGUUUCAACACUUUGUUUCGUUGUGAACUUUGUGCUCGUCCACAAUUUAUUGAUCCCUUUCUCUUCAGUAGAUUGCCCCCUGUACUGUUCAGUAGUCGUCUCCUCAGUUUUUAUAAGCCGCGACGUACUCGCCUGUGUUGUCGUUUCAACCGAUUCGGUUGUGGUUGUGGUUGUCGCAGACUCUCUUGUCCAACUGUCAGUCAUAGGGACUCUAGGAGGUGUUGUCGAAGCAGGUUUCUGGGUAGUUUUGAAAAGACUGCGAGUCGAUUCUUGUUUCGUCGACUCGGCUGUGGUAACGAUGUUAUUUUGGACUCGUGUGAUGAGAGCGUUUACAUCGUCGACUGUACUCGUUUCUGUAGAAAUGUAAAUGUCAGUAGAAGCUGUAGUUGUUUCGUCUUGGGGUCUGGUAGAGCUUACACCUGAUCCACUGCCGCUACCACUGUAAUAAUCGUCAUCAUCGGGUGUUAUAAUUGUUGUUGUUGAUGUUGCCGCCGCUUCGGUUGUCGUUUCUUCCUCGGUUGUUGUCGAUUCCCGUACUGUUGUCGGCGUUUCUGUUGUUAACGUUUCUGUUGUAAACGUUUCUGUUGUAGAAGACAUAGCGCUUCCACUUCCAUAAUCCUCGUCGUCUUCAUCGUCAACUCCCGAGCCAUAAUCGUCCGUCGAAUCCGUCGGAGGUUUUGUUCCAUUUGUCGGUGUUAUAUAAAUGACUUGAUCGUCGAUGCCAUCCCCACUGCCUGAGCUUACUUGCUUUGUAGGCUCGCUUUCGGCAUACAAAACAACCGCCAAAUAGCCGAAUAACGCUACCAAAAUCACUCCUCUCAUUACUGGAGUUUGUAGGUUAUGUAUUUCGUAUAAUUCGAUUCGCGAUCUUUAAUAAUUUCUCCGCAAUAGACUCAAGAACUGCUUGAAUCAAUCUACUUUGUUUGCCGAAUGAAAUUCGUGCAU